AUGAAGGAAAAACGAAGAGUUCACCAGAAAUAUCUGUUGAAUAAUAAUGGUAAUGAAGCUGACAUAACCGCUGGUAAAUCACAACAAAGUGACGUUCCUGCAGCAGUUAUGGAUAACGAGAAGAAUGCAGAAUGGAAUGACGAUAAAAUGGUA